GCAGCAGCCAUCAGCUCCCAAACUCCACUUCAUCUCUUGCACAGCCACUCGAUUUCCUCCAACCAGGGAGGAGAGAGACGCCAGCCCUCAUCUGCGCUCAUUCCCAACGUGGAAAAGGGACGGGAAAGACGCCGCGAUCAACCCGACAGAUUCCAGCAAACCACCCCGCGGGAUCGUGAUUUCUCCGUGCCGAAUGCGUGUUAAAGAGCGCGCUCGGUGCGGCACACAUCAGGCUGCUUUAUUGCCAUAGCAGCGGCGCGAGCUGCCUGUAGCUGUGCGGGAGCCUCGGCUAGCGACGGAACAAAGAAAACACACGCAAAUAUAACCGUCUGCCGAGCGAACCGCUUCCCCGUCGUUUGAGGAGGAGAAGGCAAGACCCCGAAGACCAAAACUGACAUGAUGUUUCCACAAUCCAGGCACUCGGCUUCAUCGCAGCAGCUGAAGUUCACGACGUCAGACUCGUGCGACCGCAUCAAGGACGAGUUCCAGUUCCUUCAAGCACAAUACCACAGUCUGAAGCUCGAAUGUGACAAGCUGGCCAGUGAGAAGUCAGAAAUGCAACGUCAUUAUAUCAUGUACUAUGAGAUGUCGUAUGGGCUGAACAUCGAAAUGCACAAGCAGGCAGAGAUCGUGAAGAGAUUAAAUGGGAUCUGUGCUCAAGUCUUGCCUUACCUGUCUCAAGAGCACCAGCAGCAGGUUCUGGGGGCGAUAGAGAGAGCCAAACAGGUCACCCCACCAGAGAUGAACUCCAUCAUACGGCAGCUCCAGGCUCACCAGCUCUCUCAGCUGCAGGGGCUGGCGUUGCCCAUGACCCCUCUUCCUCUGGGCCUCAGUCAACCGGCCGGCCUCCCUGCCGUCACCUCCAGCUCCGGCCUCUUCUCCCUCUCCAGCAUCCUGGCCUCUCAGGCCCAGCUGGCCAAGGAGGACAAGAGCACACGUGAGACCUCCGACAGCCACCGCGAGGAAGACGGAGACAAGUCCGACUAGUCGCCCGCCAAACCCCAUCCUUCAUCCCAUCAUCCUCCAGAGCUCCACCUAGAGCAGAGGCACUUGUUCCCAUGUUUUUUCACCUUUUUAUUUACCUUUCGUUUCCACUCUCUUUCCAUCUUUCUAUCUACCCUCUAAAUUGCUACUGUGUUCAAGCCUAAUGUCAUUCGUUCUGGUUCAUUCCACCAGCUCUCUAUAUGUAUUUAUACCAAUCCACCUUUUUAUUGUGUUACGGAUGCUUGAUUUGAUUUUAUUUACACUAUUUCUUGCCUGCGUGUAUGUAUAUAUCUAUAUAUAUAUUGUAUAUUUCUUAUGCUCGUUGUGGAAAUGGUCUACAAAAUGGUGCGACCGUUAAUGGACCAUCGACCCUUCAGUAAUAAUUCCUCUUUGUUUUGUUUUUUUUCCCCGCUCGCUCUCUUCCUUUUAAAAUCUUUCACCUUUUAAAGCUACAAUCUACAAUAACUGAGUCAAAAGCACUUUGGCCCCAGGCAGUAACUCUGAGACUAAAAGCAACUUUGAAUCUAAAAACUAAUCCAUUUAGAGUUUAAAGGAUCGGUGUUAUUGUUCGAAGGCACGGCUGUUGCAUCUAUCCUACCUUAAAGGGACAGUUCAAGUUAAAAUGAGGAUUCGUUUCAUUUUUUUUUUAAUGUCGUCCCAAAGCUUUUCGACUUCAGUUCUUCUGUGGAAAACGAAAGGAGAUAUUUCGAAGAAGGUUCAUGCUGCUCCUUCGCGUACAACAAAAGUGAACGGUUACAACGGACGUCAAACUCAAGCUCAAAGUAACUUACAUUUUUUAAGUUUCCUAAACGCGUGGAAGCAGUACGUUCAUAAACAUAGUCAAGUGGACUCAUUUAGUUUAACUAAAUUGAACGCAUAAUCCAAAAUUAGUCCAUAUGAUUCGUAUAUUAUAUUAUAUUCCAAAUGUCCCAAAGCCGUUUCUGUAAGAAACAGACAAAUUCAAUCACUGGAAAUGUUGCUUGAUGCACGUGGAGACCGUUCACUUUCGUUACAUGGAAAAGCAGAAAGUCGGAAGGGUUUGAAAUGACUUUAAAUGUCGGAAAACGCAAAGAACGCAAAAAGAGACGUUUUGAAGAAUGGUCGUGCUGCUCGUUUCCAUGCAAAUAGAAAGUGAAUGGGAUCCAAAGCAGUCAAGAACAAAAAUCACCAUAAAAAGCCUCACAAAACUAAUCCACAUGCCCUCAGAUAUAUAGAUAUAUAUAUUUCAAAGUGUUCUGAAGCUGUUCUUCUGAAAAAUCUUUUGCUUGAUGGCUAUCUCUGCCAUUCGCUUUCAUUAUAUGGAAAAGAGCAGCUUGGACGUUUCUCGGAAUGUCUCCUUUUGCGUUUCACGUAAGAAAGCAAGUCCUACGGGUUUGGAAGGACACGAGUUAGUGAGAGAAUCUCCAUUUUGGAGUGAACUAUCCCUUUAAACUGCUUGAUAAGUAGUAUUGAAAGAAGAAAGAACAUUUGUACUAGGCCCUUCAACGUACUGUAUAUCUAUCUACCUGUUUGCCUGAUUUCUAAUGUGUUUGGAAGCUGUUGUGCUGUCUUAGACAGAGAAUAUUAGAUGAAUCCUCUGAGAAGCUAGCUAACCUGCUCACCAAGUGAAAGGGAACGCUGUUUAAAAGAUUUUUUCAGUCUUUUUUAUAGUAACGUCGAUCUACAUGGUGAGAGUCAUAUCGUUUUCCUUAGAAGGCAAGUUGUGAGAAUAAAGUAUUUGAGAAAUGAGAAGCACCUUCUUUAAACCUUCUUAAUCCGUUGUUUUGAUAGCACUACAGGAACAGGAAGCGUGAGAAACGGUUAGUGUGAUUUGGAACAAGCCCUCCCGACGCUUUUAGCACAAUACGUUACCUUAAGCGGUACCUCAAGCUAAGAUUUGCAGUUUUGAAAGCCUCUCAGCGUCAUGUAGUAUGCGUUUCUACCAAAAGGGGGCAGUAAGUCCAUAGCAAGUCCACCUUCAGGGUCACUUCAGUGGCCAAUGUUGGGUUUCGCAAGCAUAUAUAUAAAACACGCUUCUUUUGACCCGCCCCAAAAUAUAUAAUUCGCCGAACGUUUGUUCAGUCCAGAGUAAGCAUCUUUUUUGUUUUAUGGCUUUAUUCAUAAUCAAACAGUGACUUGCAGCUAUAGCAGUAUUCUAGUAAUAGAUUAUCGCGUUUUCAUGCCAAAGUACACUUCACAUUUUAUCCUCUCGGUCUGAAGAUACGGUCCUUUUUUUUGUUUCUCUUUCAGGUCUGCGUUUGUGGUUUUCGUAGACGCUUUAGAUUAGAAUUUUGCUCUAAAGGACGCCUAUAAUGGAGACACGGCUAAACCGUAUCGGAUUCUGAAGCGAAGCUGCUUUCUAAUGUGUCUUAACGGGACAGAGCGCACCGUUUUUUUUUCAAUUAAACGUCAAAACAAAAACCGUGCCAACGUGAGGAAUGUCAACGAAAGGCCAGCUGAUGAUAUCGUAGUGCUUUCAAAACAAAUCUGCUCGUUUUUUGUUUUUUUUUGGUUUGAUUCUGCCAGUGUAUUUGUGAAAGAAGUGCCAGGAUUUAUCCUCGUGGCUUGCUACACGCGCUCAAAGCCGGUUGACGUUUUUUCUUUUUUUUAAAGCAAGGACGAAACCGUAGUGGUCAGAAUCAGAUCUAGCCAAACGCGAAGUGUUUUGCUAUAAAGGCGGGCCGCGGUGUGUAUGUUAUACAUAGACCUAAAGCUUUAUGUGCAAAUGGAUGCUUCUGUGUCAGUCUUGAAUGAUACGUCUGUGUUUUAGAGGACUCUUAACCCACGAGGCACUCGAGAACGGGUUGUCAACCUUCCUUUCUUUCUUAAACCCCCGACAGCCGUCUCCUCCCAGAAUUCAUUGCUUGCCUUUUACCAUUUGUUAAAAGCAUUGUAAGCAUUCUGUGCUAUAAAAGUCUUUUUGUUCGUUUUUUUUUUUCAGCUCCUGAUUUUAUGUAUAUUGUACAACCUACAGUGCAAAAAUAAUUGUGUUAUAAAAUAGCUUCAUUCCAUAUUAAAACAGACAAAGUACAUAAACAUUUACUAUACAUAAAUGGAAAUUUCUGCAGUAAGGAAAUGCUUCUGGUGCCUUACAAAUAAAAUCAAUCAAAUCAA